GAAACCUUGACGUGGCACGAGCUCGGGAUGUGACAUCACAAAGCCUUGCCAUCUUCAGCUUUACUUCUGGAGUCUAUUCACAUCAUUUUUGUUCGGGGGUACGAAGCGGCUGCAGCAUCUUGUGUGGCUCGACGUGGGUUCUGCUUUCGAAAGAUGUGGCUGCUGUUGUUCGGCCUAUUUCUCUGCGCGUCCUCCGUUCAGGUGGAUGUCAACAAGCUGGACGGGUUGGCUCGAGCCAAAGUGGAGACAUGUGGAGGAUGACAGUUGAAUAGGCUCAGAGAGGUCAAAGCCUUUGUGGUCGAGGACAUUCCUCUUUACCAUAACCUGGUGAUGAAGCACAUUCCCGGGGCCAACCCAGAGCUUGUCCUCCUGAACCAUUACUAUGAGGAGCUCCAAAGAAUCCCCUUGUCAGAUAUGACGCGCAUGGAGAUCAACAAGCUUCUAGCCAAACUGGGUUUCUACAAGAAGGCAGAAGCCAACAGCGAAGUGCCAGAGGAGUUUCGCUUCUCUCCCGCCAAAAACAGCCCCUUUGAAAGUGAGCCAGUGGACAAGCCCGCUACUGCAACUGUGGUCACACAGACCGCUGCACCCUCAGAGCCUGGGCACAAUGACUUGUAACAAUGCUACAAUAUUUGGGAAUGCUGCUAGACAACACUAGCAGAACCUGGUACAGAGGAGGAAAAAAAAUAGUCAUAAAUGACUUUGAGGAUUCUUUUGGUGGCGAUUGAUCUCCAGCAUACUUUUUUCACAUCUUUAAAACCCCUCACUUGUGUCCGCUUGUGUUUGCUUCCGACCUACUUAAUGAAGCCGCAGGCUAAAAAUCUGAUUGGCCUGAGGCUGAUGCUGCAAGCAGAGGUGGGUUGGCUGCUAAACACAAAAAGAUUCACGUGUCACCACUGUAGAAGAAUAAAACUGUUUAAAAUACAAGUGUAUUAUGGUUUUACUAAAAGAGAAACCAACGAAGCUCAAUUUUUAGUUCUGGUUUUACCGAAACACUUUGGCUAGGUUCAUACCGACUGUCUGCACAAAUCCAAUUUUUCGGUGUUUUUCCGACUCGGGCAUUAACUUGACCGUCUGAACGGGACAGGUCGCAUAAAAGUGGACCAUUUCAAAUCCGAUCUAGGUCACUUUUAUAUGUGGUUAAAAUGUAAUCUGAGCCACAUACAGUCCCUCCAUAAUUAUUGGCACUAGAGAUGUACCGAUCACGUCAUUUUCAAAGUAUUGGAAUCGGCAAAAAAAUAUUGGCCAUGCCUUUUUUUUAAUAUAUAUAUUUUUUAAUUAAAUUGUUUUCUAAUUAUAUUUGUUACAAACAUAAUAUGUUACACUCAUCCAGAGUCUUUAGUUUAGGCUUAUGGUGGGGUUAUCAAAUUUAUCCUGAUAACGGCGGUAAUUUUGUUUUUAAAUGUAUCACGUUAAAAUAUUUAACGCAAUUAAUGCAUGCGCUGCACGACCCACCCACACAUUGUCGCGCUCAAUCUGUUAUGGCACCGUCUUACCCAUAUAGAGAGAUAAAAGGCAGCGUAAAAUGAGUAGUGAAUUUUGGCAGGCUUUGGAGCCUUUUUUUAAUUGGCUAAAGCCUUACAAGCCUUCUAUAAUUAGAAAUAUGGGAAGAAUUGUGGGGAAGCAAGCUAACAAUUGAUCUUUUUCUUUACACCUUAUGUUAUUUCCCAACGCAGAGAAGAUAUAUUAAUUGGUAGCACUACGCACAGUCAUGUUUCCACUUCCCAUCAUGCAUUUGGGCAUGGCUACAGUAUCAUUUACUGAAAGCUCAACAAAUACGCUAGAUGGCAAUAUUUAGUCACAAUAUACAAAGUCAAAAGUCUUUUAUAUCCGUGGAUCCCUCUCACAGAAUGUUAAUGUAAAUGCCAUCUUGAGGAUUUAUUGUCAUAAUAAACAAAUACAGUACUUAUGUACUGUAUAUAUUCGUCCGGGUUUUAUUCAUUUUUUUCUUAAUGCAUUGCCAAAAUGUAUAUGAUCGGGAAAAAUUAUCGGAAAUGAUUGGAAUUGAAUCGGGAGAAGAAAAAAAAAGCAAUCGGAU